AUGUACUACCGAGUUGUGUUCGGCAGAGGGAGCAAGUACUUCCACUUCAGGCUCAGGCAUACAAGAGCAAACAACAUUUCACCCACCAUCGUCAGGAACAUCGGGCUGACAGAUUCGUCACUUCUGAUUACACUGAAAAAGAAGAUAGUCAAGAGCAGUGCUAUGAACAGCAUGGACACUUUCACCAAAACAACAUUUAUCCUGAUGCCCACACAGGUCAUCAAACAAAGCAUUUUUCCCACUGUGAAGAUGAGUCAGACUAUGACCAUUCCCGUCCUCAAGUGA